UGUAUCUUCCUACAACUUCAAAGGUCAGAACAGCGAGUGUGCCGAGGUUUUGGUCCGAUUGGAUUCCACGCUGCUUCCAAAAUGGUCUCAGAGUUUUGCCCUGUCUAUGCACCCUUUUUUGGUGCCUUGGGGUGCACAACUGCGAUUGUAUUAACCGCACUUGGUGCAGCUUAUGGGACUGCCAAAGCCGGCGUUGGUGUGUGCGCGAUGGGUGUUCUAAGGCCUGACCUAAUUGUCAAGAAUAUUGUUCCGAUCGUCAUGGCCGGUAUUUUGGCUAUCUACGGGCUUGUCGUCUCCGUUCUAAUUGCAAAUAACCUUGCUCAAAAAGUCACCCUAUAUACCAGUAUCGUUCAGAUGGGUGCAGGUUUAUCCGUCGGACUUGCGGGACUGGCUGCUGGGUUUGCUAUUGGUAUUGUUGGAGAUGCUGGGGUGAGAGGAACAGCUCAGCAACCUAGACUUUAUGUGGGUAUGAUUCUUAUACUUAUCUUCGCGGAGGUUCUGGGUCUCUAUGGUUUGAUUGUAGCCCUGUUGAUGAACUCAAGAGCAAAUCUGGUGGACUAUAAGUGCACCUAAGGGGCGGGGGUGGCCUGGCAGGUCUUUUUGGUGCGCUGUCCUGUUCACAGCAUGUCCUAUAUGAUCGUAAUUCUUUCAUGCGUAUUCACUCUACGUCCCUUCCACGGAUUCAAGUGACUAGUUAUACUAUUCUCCAAUUGCAAACUCC